GGUUGCAACGUGGGAACUACUGCUGAGACGGUGGCCGAGGCACAAUGGAUGGAGAGCCAGACACCCCGUGUCGAAAUGAGGCGCUCGAGCUCCAUGUCCGAUGCGUGCCUGGCGAAGGCACAGUUCAGCUAUAUCUCGCUCUUCGCGACGGGAACACGUUAUCCUUCAACAGGCCGAGCGACAGCGACAUGGCCAGCACCCUGCGGCGGCUAUCGCUGACGGUGCAGAAGCGCCGCCGACUCGCGGACAAGAUCAAGAAGGGGGCCAACGGGGGCAAGGCAAAACGUAGCGGAAAGAAAGGCCCUCAGAGCGGGAAGGGCGGCGUCGGCAACGGCGAGGAAUUGACGGCCGCUCUGUUCGGCAAGGAAACCGGAGAGCCCAUCGAGGUGGACGGUGUGCUCAACGGGGACGGGUGGGUCCGCCUGUGCGGAAGCGGCGACAGCACCCACGCUACCCCCGGCGAAACCGCUGGGAACACGGGAGAUUUCGUCGCUAGGGCAGCGGCUCUGCAGGGCGGUGAAUUUGGCAGCGGCAAAGGUAGCACCAGCAGCGAGCAAAAGGGUUUGGUGGUUAUCAGAAUUGGCCCCACAACGCCUGCAACUGCUGCUGCUACUGCUACUGCUGCUGCUGCUGAUGCUGAUGCUGCCACCGAAACCUCUCCUUCCGCCGGCGCCGCCGACGCCGCUAGCGCCGAAGAUGGAGGCAUCAAAAUCCCGGGCGCCGCCGCAGGGGAAGACGCGGGUUUCCUGGAGAUGGACGUUGUCGUCAACCCUCCCGCGGUGACCUCGCUGGAGUGCUCCAUCGCCCAGCCCAUGGCCGGCUUCUCGGUCGUAGCCCAGGCGGAGGUGGAGUUCGGUACGGGGAUGGGGUGGGAAUGGCUGAUAGAAGAAGAAGAACAGCCGGUGGCCGGUGCUGCUGCUGCCGCCGCUGCUGCUGCUGCUGCUUCUGCUGCAGACGGACUCUCGCGGCGAGGAGGUAGGGCGGGGGGCGAUAACGGGAGUAGGACGAAAGGGGGUCAACUGUUCACCGGCGCUCGAGGGUUUUCGCGCGUGGUGGGGAGGAUGCGCGCGUACACCCCGGUGGAUGCGGACGUGGGCCUGCGGCUCAUGGUCAGGUGCACCCCGAUGGGAGCGGAAGGGCGAAGAGGGAGGCCGGUGGUUCGAGUGCUCACGUCUCCCGUUCGACCCGGUCGCGCCCCCGGACCCCUAGCCCUGCGGAGGCGUUGGCUGGAGGAGAGGGAGGGGGCGGUCUACGGGGGAGGGGGAGAGGGAUCAAGGGAGAUUGAAGGACUUGCCGAUGGCACGGAAGGAGGGGUGCGGGAGGGCGGGGGUCGAGUUUUGCCGGGAGGGGCGGCGGCUGUGGGCGGGACAAGAAAGCGUCGUCGUCGUCUUCGAGUCAUGUGCUACAACAUUCUCGCCGACAUGUAUUGCACGUCGGAGCAAGCGGACGAGGUGCUGUAUCCGUACUGCCCCAAGGAGUAUCGCGCCAUGGACUACCGGAUGCAGAUGGUGGCCAGGGAGGUCCGAGGGCACGCAGCCGACCUCAUCAUGCUGCAGGAAUGCGAAGCCAAGGCGUUCGACAGGUAUUUGUCCCCGGGCCUCGCGUUCGACGGUUUCGAAGGGAUCUACGCCAACAAGGCGGGCCAGGCCCAGGAAGGGGAGGCCAUCUUCUACCGAAGCUCCGUCCUCACGCUGGAGUCGAGGCACGACUUCAGCAUGAAGGAUGCCAUCCCGGGCCAGGAAGAUUUCCGAGGGCUCCUGAAGGCAUUCCCGACUCUCUCGGCCAUUGUCGAGGAGCGCCUGACCACUGUGGCGCAGGUGGCGGUGUUUCGCCCGGCUUCGGGUUGCGACAGCGGGGGCGCGGCGGAGUUUGGGGGGGCGGGAGAGGAGGGGUCGCGAGUAAGGGUUAUCGUGGCCAACACGCACCUCUACUUCCACCCCAACGCAGCGCACAUCCGGCUCAUGCAGCUGGUCACCCUUGUCGAGAGAAUAUCGCGCGUGCGAAAGGAUCUGCUCGCGCGUGGUCUGAGGCCCGCGGUGGUCCUAGGCGGCGACCUUAACAGCACGCCUGGCGGCCCGGUGCGGUACCUGAUGGGAGAUCUCAUCGGGCCGGACAGUGACCUGUGGGAGAACGUGGGCACGUUCAAGUGGGGCGACCGUUUCUUCGACGAGCUCCCCACCACUUCCGGAGCCGCGGCAACAUCAACACCGCCACCAUUACCACCCCCGUCGCCAACAUCGAGAAUACCCGACGGGAAAGCUUCGACGGCGUCUCCGAGACCGAACAACGCUACCAACAACAACGACAACGAAACCACCCGUGCCUCGCACCACAGUGUCGCUGGCUCCAAGGCGAAACCAUCGCCGUUUCUUCGGAACGUCCCCUGCCUGAGAACGCCUCUCGACCUUCAGCUCGCCUCGGGCACCCCGGCCUUCACCAACUUCACCCCCGAGUUCACCGAGACUCUGGACUACGUUUUCAUCGAGGGGGCGGGGGCGGACAACGGCGCGCCGACCACAGCAGCAGAGNGGGGGGGGGGGGGGGGGGGGGGGGGGGGGGGGGGGGGGGGGGGGGGGGGGGGGGAGCGGCGGCGGCUGUUGCGCCGAUGCCCGAGGAGGGGCCGCUGAGAGCGACGACUCCCGGUUUGCCAUCGGAAACGUUUCCGUCCGAUCACGUCUCGCUUGUGGUCGACCUUGCGCUGUCGGCGUGAGGCGGGGGGGCAGGGAGAUGGGACGGGAGAACGAGAAUUAGAUACACGGAUGGAGAGAUGAUGCGAAGCGGAGAGAGAGACACAGAGUAGAGGGGCAGAUAGACAAAAGGAGAGAGAGAGAGAG